AUGUCGGCAGAUGAGACUGAUGGAGAAGCACCACGUUCAGUGAAAUCCACUACCGGUGCGACCAGAACUGGCACUUCAGUAACAACUGGCCGAACCAAAGGAGGUACGACUACAACGGGACUAACUACGCAAGGAGACGAGGGUGACGAAGAAAAGUCCGUGAAGGUAUUGGUAGCAAAGAUCCGCAAUUCUGAUGGGUCACUCGAAACAAUCAGGCUGUCAAGCAAUCUAGCCCACGAGCUGGUUACUGGCAUGUGUGCCAUGUUCAUGUUCGGUCUGUUUCUGAUAGUUGCUAUAGUCGAGAUUGUUGUGGGCUCACUAAACGUGGACAACUGCCCAGUGAAUAGAAUGAUUCCCAUUUGGCUCAUCGUCUCUGGUGGAAUCAGCUGCUUGCGAUACGUUCUCGCCAUCGGCCUUGCAAUUGUGCAUAAAAGUGGUGGCUCUGUGGGUUCUCUGCGUGCAAUGUUAGAAUGUGGUGAGUUUCCUCCUGUACUUCGAGCUUUUCUUUAUUUUACGUCACCGGAUCAUUUUGUAUUUUGCUUCCUGUCUUCUGGAAACCUCAAUUGA